AGGGGGCUCCGCGCUGGCCAUGCUGCGAGGGCCCCGCGCCCCGGCCCCGGCCGCUGCGCUGCCUCUGAAGGGGCUGCCCGCCUUGAGCCCCACCGAACUGUGGCCGCCUGGCCUCGGCAGCCCCCAGCUCUGCCCGGUCACCACCACCUACUACACCUCGCUGUACCCGCAGACUGUGCCCCCCGCUGCGGUGCCCGGCACCUGCCUGGACGCCACCCCCCACGGACCUGAGGGCCAAGCUGUGCGAUGCGUGCCGGCUGGCCGGCUGCCGGCCAAAAGGAAGCUGGACCUGGAGGGCAUCGGGAGGCCUGCGGUCCUGGAAUUCCAGACUCCCAAGGGGAAGCUCAUUAGAGUGGAUGGCCUCCCCAGCCCUAAAACACCCAAGUCCCCCGGGGAGAAGACUCGGUACGACACAUCACUGGGGCUGCUCACCAAGAAGUUCAUUUACCUCCUGAGUGAGUCCAAGGAUGGGGUCCUGGACUUGAACUGGGCUGCUGAGGUGCUGGAUGUGCAGAAGCGGCGCAUCUAUGACAUCACCAACGUGCUGGAGGGCAUCCAGCUGAUUCGCAAGAAGGCCAAGAACAACAUCCAGUGGGUAGGCAGGGGAGCACUCGAAGACCCCACCCGGCCUGGGAAGCAGCAGCAGCUGGGACAGGAGCUGAAGGAGCUGAUGAGUGUGGAGCAGGCCUUGGACCAGCUCAUCCAGAGCUGCUCUCUGAACUUCAAGCACCUGACCGAGGACAAGGCCAACAAGAAACUGGCCUAUGUGACUUACCAGGACAUCCGUGCUAUCAGCACCUUUAAGGAACAGACAGUGAUCGCUGUCAAGGCCCCUCCGCAGACAAGACUGGAAGUGCCUGACAGGAAUGAGGAAAACCUGCAGAUAUAUCUGAAGAGCACGCAAGGGCCCAUCGAAGUCUACUUGUGCCCGGAGGAGAUGCAGGAACCAGACAGCCCUGCCAAAGAGCCUGUCUCCUCCACGCCCACCCUCAGCCCCACUCCUGACUCUGCCCAGCCCUGCAGCAGCACCAACCCUGGGAUCCUGGAACCCACGGCAUCCCCAGCGCCAUCGCUGACUUCCCAGCAGGUCCUGCUGCUGCCACCGUCCCUUGUCCCCCUGGAGGCCACGGACAGCAUGCUGGAGCUGCCGCAGCCCCUUCUGCAGCAGACCGAGGACCAGUUCCUGACCGACAGCUCCCCUCUCAUCAGCUUCUCUCCGCCCUUGGACCAAGAUGACUACCUAUGGGGCCUGGAUGGGGGUGAGGGCAUCAGCGACCUCUUCGACUCCUAUGACUUUGGGGACCUGCUGAUUAACUGAGUGACCCUGCCUGACCCCAGCCGCUCCGCCACUGUCUCUACCUCCUCACAGGCAGACUGACAGGCCUCUGCCUGCACGGGGACCUUGGACACAGAUGCUACCCUUAGGGCACGGGGGUCUCCUCUCCUUCCUGUCCCCGCGUCCUGCCAGCCGAAGCUGCCGGGGGGGUUGUGGAGGGUACGGGUGAAGAUCGUAUCAGGGGUGGGGUCCUGUCCUUCCUAGUGGAAGCUGGGCCUGGGAAGGCCCAUUCAGUCUUCUGACCUCUGACCUCUAAUGUGAAGGGGCCACAGAUGAGGUGACCAGGUCCAGGGAAAGGCCCUGCCACUGCCUUCUGAGGGGUAAUUCGGACCCUCAGUGUACCGCAGAGCACUUACUGCCUUUGUAUUUAUUUCAGGUUGAGUUUUGUUUGUGUGUCUUCCCUGGGUUUUAGCAGGGUCAUCGUUCUGGUUCCAGUAAGACCUCCGACAGGCCAGCACCGUCUGCUGUGCCCGGGCACCUGGGCUCCCAGGGACGCAGGCCAGCUCCCCGGCCGCCCCGCCGCGUGGGGGCGGGGCCCCUGAGCGCCUGUCCAGGCUUCUGGACCUCACUGCACUUCUGCUCCUAAUUCUAGAUGGUUCCAGGGAGCCGUCCCAGCACGGGUGGCACUGGAGCUCCCGAGGAAACCGGAAUAGCCAGCUCAGGAGCCUCCCUCCCUGUGGAAUCCCUGUUUCCCUGCCUGAGAAUGUAAAAGUGAUCCUCGAGGGAGAGCAGGGUGCUCCCGAGGACGAGGGACAGGACGUGGGGGCAGCGCCGUGGCUGCUGCAGGCCCCUCCUCCGUUUUGGCCUCUCGCUGGGACUGUGUUACACGGAGGACCGGGAGGCAGAGGCCGCACGUGGAGGAGAAGGGUAAGAUGAAGACAGGGAACCGCCAGCACACACCCCUCUAGCUGCAGGUGUCCCUCUCCCUUCCCUGGAAGGAUUUUAGUUUUUGGUUUUUGUUUUUUGUUUGUUGUUGAAGGGGUGAUUCUUUAAGGACCCCCUUCCCCCCAGCUCUCACACAGACCCCCAGGGACAGAGGUGACCAGGGCUGGAUGGCAUGUUGGCUCCUUUUGUCACAGGAAUGCAGAAGGGGGGGUGAGGGGGGGGGUCUUCGUUGCAACCAGACUUAGCAGCUAAUGGGGAGAUGGGCUUGUGUUACCUCUUCAGACCUGGGGUUCUGAGGUCUUUAUCCCUCACCCUGUCCCCCCACCCCACCUGGGCUGAACCGAGGCUGUGCCUUCUGGAGGGAGGCAGCAGGGGCAGUGGUCUGAGGCCUAUACCCCCCACCCUCAGGGAGCUAGGUUUACUUAGGGUCUCAGAUAGGUAGCACUUUUUUUUUUAUGUUUGUAGCAUUAAGUUGGUUUAAAACAUGAAUUUGGCUUCCAGGGUUGGCUCCUGGCCUGGCCGACGGGCAUCUGGAGUUUGGGAGGUGGGCUUCUCUGGGGCUGGGGUCCCAGGUGAGCUGAUGCCCAGCUGGGGACAGUUGUGCCUUGUCAUUUGCAGGUCAAAGGUGCCCGGUUCUAGAAUUUUGUAGGAUUUACAGAAAUGCUUUUGGCCUCCCUGCCUCCACAGGUCCGCAGGGCUCUCGUCAGAAGCCUGUUUUGAAGCUCAGCGUGGCAGGGCCACCUUGGCCCUUGCGGGAGAAGGGCGCGCUGCAUGGGAUCUGGUUUGGGGCAUGUGGGGCUGGCGGUGGCGUUGCUGUUCUGCGUUCUUUGCUGGGCUGCUGUUCAGCCACUCACCAUCUCUGAGGGCAGGGUUGUUGGACUUCCCUGCCUUGGGCUCUAUCUAGAGCUUUCUCCUGGAAUUAAACCAGAGAAAAGGAAGGAGAGGCCUGGAGGACCCACCGGGAAUGAGUUUGAAGGGUGAAAUCUGGCCAGAACUGAGGCUCAUUCUCCAGAUGCCCAGCCAUAGGGUUGGACAGAGGGGCUGCCCCUUGGGUGCAUGGCCUGUAUUCUGAGCAGCUGCCCUCCCUCUCCUAUGUUGUCCCCUGCCUGGCCCAGCGGCUGGCCCACCAAGGCCAAGCCUCAGGCUCUGGGUAGGAUACAAGCUUGAGCCUCUUUCUUACUAAAGACACUUGGAAACCUCCCAAGUUCACUCAAGUGCUUUUAGGACACAUUUUGAGGAGUAUUUCCUUGAGAUGCCAGGUAAACUUUAAAACAAGGUCAGAAGAAAAACCAGGUUCUUUCUUUUUUUUUUUUUAAUAUAUUUUAUUGAUUUUUUUACAGAGAGGAAGGGAGAGGGAUAGAGAGCUAGAAACAUCGAUGAGAGAGAAACAUCGAUCAGCCGUCUCCUGCACACUCCCCACUGGGGAUGUGCCCUCAACCAAGGUACAUGCCCUUGACCGGAAUCAAACCUGGGACCCUUGAGUCCGCAGGCCGACGCUCUAUCCACUGAGCCAAACCAGUUAGGGCAAAAACCAGGUUAUUUCUAAGGUACGUUAUUUCUGCCAGGAAGUUCCCCAGCCCCUAAGUCACCUGUGUCCCCAGGGCAUCAAGGGCUCAGGGCUCCAGGGAACCCCGUCGUAUUGGAUUGUUGAAUAGAGUCAGCGACUCUAAGAGAUUUCUUCAAACAGGGACAUGCUCCCGUGCCCCUUCUCAUUGGAAGUGUGAGCUAGACCAAAGUGGUUUCCCUUCCCCACUGCAAUGCUGUCUGCCCCCUGCGGCUGCGGGGAGGAAGGGGGGCUGGUGAAGCUCUAACGCUGGUCCUGGGAUGGUUUGGGCUUUAUUUCCUCCCCACGUGUUCUCAGCAUCAGUUCUGCACAGGGUUUAGAGUUUUUAGUGAGAGUUUGGAUGUCCCCGCGUCCGAGCAGCGUGUGGCUUAGUGCAUUUGAAGUGAAAGCCUUUUGGGGUUGUUUGCAAGUAGCUUUCUGGUUCUCGUCAUUAUGUCCCGAGGUCCCCGCCUCAUUGUGGGACCCUGUUCUCCCAGCGGGGCCCUCAGUCACCAGAAGCCCGGCCAGCCUGGGUGCGGGAAGAAGCCUUGUAUGCGCCACAUGCAUCUCGAGGGUGAGCACACCCGAGGGGCCUGUUCUCGGUGCUGGGACCCUACGGGCCACUUCCCUCCGGCCUGGUUUCGCCCUGGGCCCCACUUUGAUGAAGACCGUGUAAACCUCUGUGAAUUGUGAUCAUCGAGCAUUAAACAGCAACUCCAGGCGCCUUG